GAGAGAGAGAGAGAGAGAGAGAGAGAGAGAGAGAGAAGGAAGAAUGAGUGUAUGAGAGAAACAUUUCAAGAGAGAAAGAGAAAAGGAGGAGAUUAAAAGGGAGAGCGACAGAGACCACCUUGUGUUGAGUCUCAUGCACGGGACUGAAACGCCAUCCUCUACUGGCUGCUCCCGUUCAGAAAAGUAGAGAUGGCCUGUGUGACCUCUGACCUGGGAGUGCUACUGCUGCUCCUAUUGGUUGGUGGAGUUCCGCAGACGCACGGGGGGCGAAUUCUGAUCAUCCCGGGCGAGUUCAGCCACUGGAAGAACAUGCGGGUCAUCGUGGACGCCCUGGUGGAACGCAACCACACCGUCACGGUUCUAAUCAACACCGGGUCGCCGACCAUUGACCCCACGCGCCAGGAGAAGUUUCAGAUCCGUCAGUACUUCGUCCCCAUGCAACAAGAAGACAUGAACAAAGUUUGGGACGAAUUCAUAGAAUACUGGAGGUACCAGAGGAAUGGAACGAUCCAGCAGUCGUUCUCUGCAGCAAAGGGUAUCAUGAACACUUUCUUCGGCUACCUAACUGUCGUUUGUAGAGGACUGACUGGAAACGAGACCCUUGUGGCAAAGCUGAAAGAACAUAAAUACGACGUCGUCCUCAGUGACCCUUUCACUCCCUGCGGUGACCUGUUGGCGGACUUGCUGGACGUGCCUUACAUCAUUGUGCUGAGGAACACCUUUGGCUACACACUGGAGAGGAUGUGCGGUCAGAUGCCAACGCUUCCCUCCUACGUGCCCUGCAACCCCAUCACGGCCACAGAUCAGAUGAACUUCUCAGAGAGGAUGAGCAACUUUAUCCGCUAUGCCACUCACUCUGCCUUGUUCUACUUCCACACGUCAACGCAGAUGAACAAGGUCUACAGUGAAGUUAAAGGGGAACCAGCGGACAUGUGUGAAGUGCUGGGCAGGAAGGCAGACCUGUGGCUUCUGCGCUCCAACUGGGAGUGGGACUACCCGAGACCCUUCCCACCAAAUUUCAUCUUCAUUGGCGGCCAUCACUGCAAACCUGCUAAACCUCUGCCAGUGGACUUGGAGGAGUUUGUGCAGAGCUCAGGAGACGAUGGCGUUGUUGUGUUUACAUUUGGUUCCCUCUACAAGAACCUCACACCUGAGAGGAGAGACAUGUUUCUCACAGCUUUUCAACAGAUCCCACAGAAGGUUAUAUGGGGAUUUAAUGGAGAAAGACCACAGCAUCUUCCUCCAAAUGUACGAAUCUACAAAUGGAUUCCUCAGAAUGACUUGCUUGGCCAUCCAAAGACCAAAGCGUUCAUCACGCACGGAGGCUCAAAUGGUCUAUAUGAGGCCAUCUACCAUGGGGUGCCACUGGUGGGAAUCCCAAUGUUUGCAGACCAACCUGACAACAUUUUCAUCCUGGAGAAGAAAGGCGCAGCUGUUCAGCUGGACUUCUACUCUAUGGACUCUAGUGACCUGGUCAAAGGUCUACAGGCGGUCAUAAACAACCCAUUGUACAAAGAGAAUAUAAUGAGGCUGUCCCGCCUCCAUCACGACCAGCCAAUGAGACCCUUGCACCGAGCUGUGUUCUGGAUCGAGUUUGUGAUGCGUAACAGAGGAGCCAAACACCUGCAGGUUCAGGCCCACAACCUCACCUGGUAUCAGCUUCGCUGUCUGGAUGUCUUCCUCUUCCUGUUAACCAUCGCUGUGCUGGUCGGUUGGCUGAUCCUUCUGAUGCUUCGAUUUUGUGUACGAAAGUGCUUUGGGAAACGUCAACAAGGCAAGACAAAAGCAGAAUGAGCUUUGAACUUAUGAGUUUUUGGAUUACGGGGAACAUCAGGACAAAACAGAAAUCAGGAGGAAAGAGUUGGUAGUCAUUGGUCAGCAUCACUUGUGCCAGUGAGUGUAUGUAAGUCUCAUGCAUAAUGAGAAGAAAAUGUUAUUAAUGUUGCAUCACAGUACAUCAGGACAUGAAGAACUAUGAAACCCUCUAUGAAAUUGAAUAUUGUGAAUAUUCUCUUCAAUAUUAUUGAUGCACUUAAAACACAUCACUGUGCUUUCUGGAUAAGCUAGAAUGGAGCGAAAUCACUGCAAUGUGUCAUGUAAUGAUUAUCAUGUUACAUUAAACUGAAGACUGUCACUUUCGCACAGUUAAAAAUGGAGUGUUACUGUAAUUCAACACUCAGAGAGCACCCUGGGACCAGAUACCCUUUUUUCUAUGCAUUCCACCUCACCUACUCCACAAACUAUUUCAGAUAAUGUAUACAGUAAUAAUAACAAAUCAUAAAAUCCAAGAACUGAACAUCAAGGUUAUUACACAUAUGGAACAUGACAUCACAUCAUUCACACAUAAUUUCCAUCGCCUGCCAUCUGGAAAAUGUUGAGUGCAUAGGAUGAGUGUAGACUGAAGUGCCUAUACAAGACAGGAUGCAUUCAUUUAAGGGGAAUACUGGUGGGGUUUAACAGCUAAUGGAGGUGUGGAGAAACACAAAAGACUUUGGAGAGGAGAGACUGUGGGUCGUGUGGUGUGGGGUGGGGUUGGAGGUCUGUAGGAUUGAAGAGGAAGAGGAGGAGGAAGAAGGAAGAUGGCAAGGGAGAAGAAGCAUAGUAUCACUUUUGAGCAGAAAUUUCGGUAACACUUUAUUUUAGGGAUACAUCUAUAAGCACUUAUACAUACAAUGUUAAUGCCUGCAUAAGUAACUUGUAAGGUAUGUAAGCAAACACUAAGGCCUACUAGGUCCUUACUAAGGUUAAAUUGGUAAUAAAUCCCUUAUUGUGCAUGAACAAGACAUUUGCGAAUAUCUCAAGUAUCUCUGAGUUCUUUAUUCAU